UCACAGCCUCCUGGUGGCUUCACUUUGACUGCAAACACUUCCACUAGUAUAACAGCAUCCUGGCAGUUACCACCAGAAGACUCCAGAAAUGGAAACAUUACAGGAUAUAAAUUGUUCUACAAACAAAGAGGCAUUUCAAGGCCAGCAAGCAUGAAGUUCAUUAAAAAUCAGGCCACUCGCACUCAAGAAGUGACUGGACUUGAUAAGUUCACGGAAUAUGAAUUUCAAAUAUUGGCCUUCACUUCUGUUGGGGAUGGACCAAAAAGUUCAGCUAUUUUUGAGAAAACAAAGGAGGCUGCUCCUUCGGGACCUCCCUCUCAGUUCAGUGUCACUGUAAACUCUUCAACCAGUAUUACAGCCUCGUGGCAUUUACCACCAGAGGACUUCAGACAUGGAAUCAUCAGAGGAUAUAAACUCUUCUAUAAAAAGAAAGGCUCAGCUUUAGCAACCUCCUUGACUACUGACAGUGGAAACACAUCAAAAAGAGUCACCAACCUUGAUAAAUACACUGAAUAUGAAUUUCAAGUGUUGGCCUUCACUUCUGCUGGUGAUGGACCAAAAAGUUCUGCUGUUUUCACGACAACAAUGGAAGACGGUGAGAAUCGCAAGAGCUCUAACCAUCAUUUAGAUAGACUUUUCAAUAAUACUUGCUACCACAAAGUUGUUGUUAGUGAUUGA